UGAAGAGGUGGCACCAUGGAGGAGGUGCUGAGGGAGGCGCAGGCCAUGCGGCGGGAGAUCGCGGCGCUCGGUCUGGACGUGGAGCGACUCCGCAAGCAGUCCUCCCGCUGCGCCAAGACGGUCCGGCGCCUCAGCGUCAUCCAGCGCAGCUCCAACGCCAUCGGGGGCGACGUGAAGACCCGCGCCGAGGCCCUCUACCGCCGCCUCACCGCCUACGACCAGCGCCGCCAGGACCUGGAGGCCCAGCACGGGCCCGCCGCCGCCGUGGUCCGCAUCGCCCGCUCGCAGCACGCCGCCGUGGGCCACGCGCUGCACCAGGCCAUGGCCGACUACCACGCCGCCGAGGACGAGCAGCGCGAGUGUUGUCACCAGCGCUUCCAGCGGCAGGCGGAGAUCCUGGGCCGCAACGUCUCCAGCGAGGAGGUGGACCAGAUGGUGCAGGAGGGCGGCUGGGGCGCCUUCAGCAAGGAGCUGAACCCCGAGGGCAUCACGGCCCGCUGCGCCUUCAAGCACAUCAAGGACCGCCACCGGGACCUGAUCGACCUGGAGGCGCGGCUCAGGGACGUGCACGAGCUCUUCCUGCUGAUGGCCGUCAUGGUGGACGAGCAGGGCGUCAUGCUCAACAACAUCGAGGCCAACGUGGUCGCCACCGACGACUACCUGGAGAAGGUCAACGAGAGCUUCAAGGUGGCCAUCCGGUACCGCCAGAGGAACCCCUGCUUCAAGAUGUGGUGCGGCUGUUUCCCCUGCUACAAACAAGACGCCGGAUGAGUGUGUAGUGUGUAGUGUGUAGUGUGUGUGUGUGUGUGUGUGUGUGUGUGUGUGUGUGUGUGUGUGUGUGGGGUGUGGCUGCUUCCCCUGCUACAAACAAGACACCGGGUGAAAGGUUCCUCCAGAUUAAGACACCGGGUGUGUGUGUGUGUGUGUGUGUGUGUGUGUACGUGUGUGUGUGUGGCCCAGCUGCUAGAUCCUUACGUGUGUGUGUGUGUGUGUGUGAAAGGUUCCUCCAGAUUAAGACACCGGAUGAAAGGGUUCCUCCAGAUUAAGCCACCGGGUGUGUGUGUGUGUGUACGUGUGUGUGUGUGUGUGUGUGAAAGGUUCCUUCAGAUUAAGCUCAGGAACUGCGGACAUCUUUGUUGCACUUUGAAAACCCCUUGAA